AUGCGGUUCAGGCGCCGGCAGCGCCAGACCAUCCAACAGCCGGCGCGGGACGCCAAAGUCCCAGUCGGCGAGGAGACUAGCGUCGUUCGUCCCAACCUCGCCGGCAGUCACGCAGCGAGCGACGCAAGCGAUAAGCACGCAGACGUGAAGAUCACGAUUACCCCUCCCACUGUGUCCACUCUCUCCCUCGACAGCGCAGUCGACAGCAGGUAUCUCCGCCCUCCUCCGACACGGCCAACGUUGCAGCGCAUGCCCCGAUAUCACCACCGUGCACCUUCGCCAACACUGUCGCAUUCCGUUGGAACUAUCAACGUCCCAAACAGGACCUCAAGCAUCAGCAGGCCCAGCAGGUCUGGCCCCACAGACCAAUCGAACCCAAAGUCUCGGACUGAGUCGUCUGACCCACUCACCUCGGCCUUGGCCAGCAGUGCGGCAGGUGGGACCGGCUCCGGGCCAACCUUAACUCACGAGCCCGAGACUGUCGGAAUGUCCAACUCUCCCCAGGCUCGCGAACCUUGUCCAAAGCCUGAAACGCGAGCACAAACAUCAGGCGAAUCAUGCACCUGCCCGGCAUGCACGACAGGGCGCCAGCGGGACCUUGCAGUGCAGCUGGGUGGCAUGGGCGGAGGCCGCCAAGCCCAUGCUCAGAACGGACGCAACGAACAGCCCAAAGGCCGUGGAGAACGCACACCUCAUGAACUGGAGCUUACAGGGCGCGGAGAGCGUCCAGAGCGUCCAGAGCGGUCGCGCUCCUCCCGACUCACAAGCUCGGCGCCCACGCCGUCAGCACCAGCAAAGCACAACCGCCGCGCCUCCUGGUCUCGCACCCUCAAGACCGCAGCCGAGUUGCACGCAGUGCGGAAGUGGGAGAAUCCAGAGCUCGGAAAGAGAUACCUCGCCAAGGCGUACUGCGCCGAUAUCCGCCAUCUGCAUGCUGAGGAGAAGGAGCGCCGCCGGUAUCAAAAGGAGGUUGAGAGGAAGAAGGUCGAUUGGGAGAAGGAGGAGGGCUGGCUCCCUCUGCAUGAUAGAGAGGAGUAG